CAAAACUUCAACUCUCCAAUGGUGGCAUCAGUCAUCAGCACCGCAUGGUUACUUCCAUGAACCAUCAUUUGGUCCCCAAGUACCCGUUUCUUCUUCCCUCUUGCAAUGGUCAUAAUCCUAAGCUUAGAUUCCACUCUUGUGGGCAGGUUGGAGCACAGAAGGGGUAUGCUUCUUCUGGGGAGGAACCUCAGUCGCGUGUUUCUGACACAAGUACAUACCAAGAGGAAUUCUCUUGGUCUUCUGUGAUUUUUCCGUUUCUAUUCCCAGCAUUGGGUGGCUUGUUAUUCGGUUAUGAUAUUGGUGCCACCUCAGGGGCCACAAUCUCACUGCAGUCACCUGAGCUUAGUGGCAUAGCUUGGUUCAAUCUUUCGGCUAUUCAGCUUGGACUUGUGGUCAGUGGUUCCCUCUAUGGGGCUCUUCUUGGCUCACUUCUUGCAUAUGCCGUUGCUGAUUUCCUUGGGAGGAAGAGACAACUCAUUGUUGCAGCACUGUUAUAUGUGCUUGGCGGUUCGAUCACUGCGUAUGCACCAGAGCUCAAUGUCCUCUUAGCAGGAAGGCUGCUUUAUGGACUUGGUAUAGGUUUGGCCAUGCACGGUGCUCCUUUGUAUAUUGCUGAAACAUGUCCAUCACAAAUCCGUGGGACUCUAGUAUCAUUAAAAGAACUCUUCAUUGUCUUGGGGAUUCUGCUUGGUUAUUUUGUGGGAAGCUUUGAGAUUAAUGCCGUUGGGGGAUGGCGGUUUAUGUAUGGCUUUAGUGCUCCGAUUGCUGUACUAAUGGGGCUAGGAAUGUUGAGUCUCCCUCCCUCUCCGAGGUGGUUGCUUCUCAGGGCCGUUCAAGGGAAGGGUUCGUUUCAAGAUUUGAAGGAAAAGGCAAUUCUUUCCCUGAGUAAAUUAAGGGGCAGACCACCCGGCGACAAAGAAUCUGAGAAGCAAAUAGAAGAGAGCCUUGUUUCGUUGAAGUCUGCAUAUGCAGAUCAGGAAUCAGAAGGGAGUUUCUUGGAGGUGUUUCAGGGUGCCAAUCUGAAAGCUUUCAUAAUUGGUGGGGGGCUUGUCUUAUUUCAACAGAUAACUGGCCAACCAAGUGUUCUGUAUUAUGCAGGCCCAAUUCUUCAGAGUGCUGGAUUUUCUGCUGCAGCCGAUGCUACCAAAGUUUCAGUUGUUAUUGGCUUAUUCAAGUUGCUAAUGACAUGGAUUGCUGUCUUAAAAGUUGAUGAUUUGGGGAGAAGGCCUCUUCUGAUUGGAGGUGUCACUGGCAUUGCCCUUUCUUUAGCUCUUCUUUCUGCUUAUUAUAAAUUUCUUGGAGGGUUCCCACUUAUUGCUGUUGCGGCUUUACUUCUUUAUGUUGGUAGCUAUCAGGUAUCAUUUGGCCCAAUAAGUUGGCUAAUGGUAUCAGAAGUUUUCCCGUUGCGCACAAGAGGACGGGGGAUCAGUCUGGCUGUUCUAACCAACUUUGCUUCAAAUGCAGUUGUGACCUUUGCAUUCUCUCCUUUAAAGGAGCUUCUAGGAGCAGAAAACCUUUUUCUCCUUUUUGGGGCUAUUGCUUUACUGUCACUUAUCUUUGUUAUAUCUUCAGUUCCCGAAACAAAAGGCUUGAGCCUAGAAGAUAUUGAGUCCAAAAUCUUGAAAUGAGAUGUGCUUGCAAUGUUGGUGUCAGUGGUCGUGAUAGUGGUUGUUGUGUCUUCUUGUUUUGGUUCCUCGGUUCGGAGCAAAGAAGUUACAGCUUCUCUUACCUUCUCCAUCACACCUGCAUCACCAGGAGUUCUCUUUGGACUCAUGGCCUCAGAUAUCACCUGAGACAAAGCUUUUUCAUCUUCUCCCGGCUCAAGCUUGUUCAUCAAGUACUCUUUCACCGAAACACCCUUAUCCCAUAUCUGCGAGCCAGGGCUGGCAUACCUGCCAGUGGUUGGAGCAGAUGAACAUGAAGGAGUCUGUGGUGACACUGGAGCUAAAGUUUUUGGGGUCACUGGAGCUGACCAAAUUCGUGCUGCGCUUGGAGAAGUUUGGGAAGAUGUCUUUGGAGGAGUACUUGGAGCAGAAACAAAAAAACUACUUUGAGUUCCAUCCUUUGGUGAUGUUGAAGUGUGAAGCUCAUCAGGUUUGUAAAUAGUGAGGCCUUGAAACUUGGAAGUCAUAGAAUGUGAUCCUUUGUUCAGUUCAUGAGCUAAGGUUCUAGUCGUCGCUACCCUGUUCGAACCGGCAUCAAUAGUAUUGGUGCUAGUAGCAGCUCCAGCUGCAGCAUUAGCCACAGUUGCUGGAUGAGUUGUUCUCUUGGAGAAUGACCGAGUUAAACAUUUUUCUUGCAUUCCUAGACCUGAUUUUGGUUGAUGUGCCUUCUCAGAUUCGUACACUGAAAUAAUAAUUUCACAGCAACAUAAGAUCAAAGUUAAGAGAAACCUUUUCAGAAAAUUGAAAGUUAAGGUCUUGAUUACUUGGAGCUCCAUGGUAUUCAGCUUCGUCGUGUGUUCCUUCGUCUUCCAAGCCAGAGCCGGGUGAGGGAGUUUGGUUUCCAUCGUCGUGCUUUUUCUUGCUGAGGCUGUGACGCAAUUUCUUAGCCUUCUCCUUCACUUUGGCAAGGACUGAUUUCUUCUGGUUCGGGCUAUGGUCUUCUUCCGAGUCAUGGUGCCUCAACUUAUUGAAAAAAGGUGAAGAAUUAGAAGAAGUGGAGGAGUUGGAGGAGGAGGACAAGGUGGCAGUGUUGGUUGACAUCUUAGAACCUUUUGGUGACACUUUAGACCCUUCUCCUGUUGUGCAUCAAAACAAUAACUUAGAAUGAUAAUUUCAGCAUCUAAGAAUGUAUGUUGGUAAAUUCUAGCAUAUAUCAUAAUCAAAUCUUUGCCAAAAGACAUUAUAGGAUGAUGAUUUUACCUCGGAGGAGUUGUUCCAUGGUAUGGAUGGUGGGAGUUUUUGAAGUUUCAACACCAGGUCUUUGAGGGCGUUCGAGUUGAGCCAUUUUUUCUGUAACUA